AUGAUAGACCAGUUUUCUAAAUGGAUAGAGUGUGUCGCUUUGCCCAACCAAAAGGCUGAACUCAUCGCCAAGGAAUUCUUUGAGCGAUUUGUGGUUACAUUUGGGUGUCCAUUGACUGUGCACACGGACCAGGGAAAGAACUUUGAUGGGAAUCUCUUCAAAGCCUUUUGUAGUAUCCUUCAGAUAACCAAGACUCGAACCACGCCCUAUCAUCCAUCUUCGAAUGGAAAAGUGGAGAGAUGUAAUAGGAGUAUACUCCAGAUGAUAAGAUGUUAUAUCGAAGGAAAGGUCCAACACUGGGAUAGAGAUCUUCCAUCAUUGGUCAUGGCUCUACAUGCAACAGAGAACCGUUCUACAGGAUUCACACCAAAUAGACUCAUGCUCGGCAGAGAGGUAAUCAUGCCAGUCGACAUACUUACCGGCGUCGUAAACGCAAAUAUGUCUCGCUUUGAAUCCUCUGAGUGGGUUCAGAAGUUGGAACAUGUUGCCCGGUCAAACUUGGCUUGUGCUCAACGGAGACAGAAGAGGUUAUACGACGUCAAGUUAGUGGAACAACAGUACGAUGACGGUGGCGUUGUGUAUCGGCUGGAGGAGUCAUCAAGGACCGGGGUCAGCAAAAAGCUGUUAUCUCCAUGGAGGGGACCGUAUGUCGUUACCCAGAGUGAACCACCGCUCUACAGUGUUAGAGAUUGUAGGGGCAAGGAGCUAACCAGUCACCACGAUAAGCUAAAAAGGUGCACCGACAGAGAUGUACCACUGUGGGUGAGCAGACUGCGCAGCAAUCUCCACCGAACUGCUGCACAGGCGGCAAGUGCAGGUCUAGAGAGUGACGAGGAAAGUGAAGAUGUCCCUUCUGAUGUGGUGGAGACAAGCACAACGAAUGAGGGCAGUCUAGAAAAAGAGGCUGAAACAGGAAAAUUUGUCAGUUCUUCGGACAGUGAAACAGACACUUACAUUAACAGUGAUAGAAGGGUGUUGACUACGCGUAGGGGCAGAAGUGUCAAAGUACCUGCCCAUUUGAAGGAUUAUGUGUUGUAUUGA